UGACUGGCACUGCCCCAAAUCAAAUUUGCUCAUUUUCCAAAGGACCACUCAGCCCCGUUAUUCUAAGCACUAAUAACCCUUGCUCGCUGGGCUGUUAGUGACAACCAAGGCACGUGCAUAGCGAAGGAUGGCGCUUGAGAAUACGCUUGUCUCGAGGAUAGUUUCCGAUGCGAAGCAACGAAUGGCGGACGUAGCUUCGAACCACGGUGAGCUGAGGAUCGGGCCGUGCGGUGAUCCUUUCAGCUACAGCAUUUGGUAUGUAAAGCUGAACUAUCCCAGCGACGAUCUUGAUUCAUCGCCAACUGCACUUUCUCUUCACAAGACUCACUAUGCAUUCAUCUUUGUUCACGCUAUUGGUGGUGGCGGCAUCUGCCCAGGCCUCUUGUGCCCGAGCUACGCGCAAGUUCUCUCUUAAGACCACUUACGACGCCAGCAACUUCUUUGACCAAUUUUACUUCAGAGAUGCUGCCUACUACGAUAGCAUUGACCCUUCCUACGGGGGUGAUCCCACUCACGGAUCAGUCAAUUACUUGAGCAAAAGCAAGGCUCAGUCUGCUGGUCUUGCCAAAACAACCAACGGCCAAGUUUACGUCGGUGUUGACUCUGUGAACAAGGCUAAACUUCUUGGCUCAAGCAAGACCAGGCACGGCAGAGACAGUGUCCGUCUGGAGUCCAAGGCCACUUAUGGCAAUGGCCUUCUGAUUGCCGACAUUGAGCACAUGCCUGGUACGGCUUGUGGUGUUUGGCCAUCCUUCUGGUCGUACAACUUUGACGAGGACCCAGUCGGCGAGAUUGAUAUCAUUGAAGGGAUCAACGACCAAAGCCAGAACGUCGUCUCAUUGCAUACAUGCGGUGCUUGCAGAUUCACCAAGAUCGGCGGUCUCGAUGAGCGCCCUAACUGCAACAACGGCGGGACUGAGUCUGAGCAAUGCGAGGAUGGCACCAACUACGACGGUUGCGGUAGCACUCACGUCUCAGGUUCAUAUGGAUCGGCCUUCAACAAGGGCAAGGGAGGUGUCUAUGCUGUCUGGCUUGAGUCAGAUGCUCUGAAGAUCUACUGGUUCAACCGCAGUAACAUCCCAGCCGACAUCAAGUCUGGAAACCCCGAUCCCAGCAAAUGGGGUACUCCUGCUUCGCAGUUCCUCAGCGGUUCUGGAUGUAAUGUUGGAAAGUACUUCAAAGGACAGACCAUUAUCAUCAACACUGCGUUCUGUGGAGACAACAUCGAUCAAGGCACUUGGAACGAAGAAUGUAAGGCUUCUACUGGAUCUAAGACCUGCGAUGACUUUGUCACCAACCACCCUGAGGCUUUCAAGGAGUCGUACUGGCUCUUCAACUCCAUCAAGUAUUACCAAUAGUUAAGGUAGUCAGAUCCGAAGUAAGUGUGUUAUCUUCCGGUUUGCAUGCUUUUCAAGAUUAGGUCAACAAUUUCACUUAUUUCAAUAUCAUUAAUGGAAGCUGCUUUCCUUGUGACCUAGCAAAACCUGUUCGUUUGUCCAAGGACUGAAGACCCAGGAUCUUAGAUUCUUUCUGAGUCGUAACGCCAAUGCUCUACGCCAGUCUUAUUUUCAACAUACUCAAGGACUCCUAUAACUGCCCCCAUUUUAUUGACCGCUUCAUCGCCAGCGUCGCGUCUAGCCUGGCAUUUCUCGCACUGUUUGAGCUUUAUACUGUUGUAGUUCCCACAAAUUGCUUCCCCUUGAUGCUGCAUGCACUUCCAGAAUAUCACUUUUUCAUGCACUUCAGUUGACCUGAUCCAGUUGAUGGUUCCGGAGCCUGCCAUAGUGCUUCCUUGGAUAUUCCUGAGACGGCUUGAGUUGAAAAGGUCGUAUUUGUCUUUUAUUUUCUCUUCAGGGUAUGGUGUAAUCUGAAGGAAAUAUUUGUGGAGGGCUUUUAUAGUCGUAAUUGUCACCUAUCAUAAUUUUGCCAAACCCUCUUCACUGUAGUGAUUGCUGCC